AUGGCAGGAACACGGAGUUAUCACAGUAAAUCUUUUAGUGAAGACAGUGGUAUGCAUUCUCACCUUUCAGCGCCUUUGUCAAGAACAAGAUCUGUCGCAGGUCCGAGACCGCUACCGAGUAGACCCACUGGUCAUAUAUCUCAACAAUAUAGAAAUUAUAACGAGCCCUCGGGCUCCCAGGUUCCCGAACCUAUUAUAUACAAGGUGCACGAUCAACCAUUCCCUACAAUAAUUUCACCUAAACCUCAGAAAUUUUUGCCGGCCGUAAUAGAAACACAAUAUCAAGAUGCCGAAGAGUAUCAAGUUUCCGGAAUACAAAGUUGGAAUAACGGUGGCAAGGAAAGAUUAUUCACGAAUGUUCCGCAAAAUCAUAUUCUGGAGAAUAAUUAUGUUAAUCCCUCACAGCAUAUCCAACAGUUUCAUUAUGAUCAAAAUGUCAACAUAACCAAUAGUUCUUAUGCCCAGGAUCAAGGAUACCCGAUACAGGAACUAAUAAAGGAUAUGCAAGAGAUUACAAUUCAACGAAACCUUCCGGAACACACCAACCGUGCUGUUUUGCCCUCCGUUCCAAUACCAGAAAGUCAGACUCAGUAUCAAAGACAACAAUUUAAUCAAGAUGGGUCGGGAUCUUGGGGUUCACCGAGUCAAUUGACGUCAGGCUAUGAUGAACGACAAUAUAUCCAGGGCCCCGGCUAUUUAGAUCGAAUGUCUGAUUAUUCACGACAUUCAUCUCUCGGUCCAGAUGGUGUACCCAUACCAUUUUCAUUGUCUGGUGGGAAUAGAGGUAGUUUAUAUUAUUCUGAGGGAAACAGAACUCCCACGCCUGAUCGCAAUUCAAAGAUUCCUCCUUUAAAGUUGUGGAUAGAUGACAAGGCUGCUAGAAGAAGGACUGCGAUGUCAAAAACUUUAGCUCUAGAUGAAAACGAAGCAUUACAAAAAUAUCGUGAAGCUGCUAAAAAGACAAAUGAUCCUGCCAUUCAAAUGGAUUAUGCAAAAUUCCUUAUGCAAAUGGUUGAAUUAGGUGAAUUGGGGGAAUUUGGUGAAUAUGGUAGCACAGACGUUUCUAAGGGCAGUUCAAUUAAUAAAUUAAACGAGGAAGUUAUGUAUUGGGUUAACCAGCUUGCUAAGAAUAAUUUUGCAGAAGCAUUGUACAUAAAGGGUACAUGGUUUGAGUACGGAACUUAUGGAAAGGAAAAAAAUGAAGAGAAAGCUUUCAAAUUGUAUUUGUCCUCAUCUAAACAAGGACUUCCAAAGGCAAAACGUAAAGUUGCUGAAUAUUAUGAGAAAAACAAAGAUUACAAACGCGCAUUACAAUUUCAUAAGAAAGCUGCAUCUCUUGGAGAUAUUGUUUCCAUAAACCGCCUAGCACUGGUAUAUAUGCAUGGAGAAUUGAAACAGGAACCAGAUUUUAAGCAAGCACUUAUUUAUUUAAAACAAGCAGCAUCGAAGGCCGAUGAAGAAUGCCCUGAUGGCGCCUAUGUGUACGGGAUGAUACUGGCUAGAGAAUAUGAUAAAGUCAAUAUUCCUGAUGAUCUUGUCGUGCCCGAUGAUUAUGAAGCAAAAGAGCUGAUCCUUAAGGCUGCAAAUUUGGGUCAUGCUGGCGCAUUAUUUAAGAUGGGGUCUUGCUAUGAGUAUUCAGCUUUAGGCUGUCAGUUCGAUCCCUUAUUAUCAAUUCAAUAUUAUAAGCGGGCUACUGAAAAAGGUUAUGUGGAAGCGGAUAUGGCAUUGUCCAAAUGGUACCUAUGCGGUUGCGAAGGUUAUUUCGAGCAAAAUGAGGAGCUUGCGUAUGAGUAUGCUGAAAAGGCAGCGAUGAAAGGAUUACCAACAGCAGAAUUUGCCAUGGGAUAUUAUCACGAAGUUGGAAUUCAUGUUCCUGCCAACAUGUCUGUUGCGAAUGCUUGGUAUACAAAGGCUGCCGAACACGGCAAUAAGGAUGCAAUAGACAAGCUAUCGAAAGGCGAGCAAUUUACGCGUUCAGAUCACGAACUGAGUAAGUUAACGCAGUUAAACGAAAGAGAACAAAAAGGAAAAGAUUGCGUCAUUCAAUAA